GGACCGGGCGACAUGGCACAUCGUUCCCGAGAACCGCCACACGCGACCUCACAGCCCAACUCCCAGCUCGUUUCCUCCAAGGAACCGCCGACCGUGACCUCGAGCCGCUGCCACCGUCGACCUCUACGCCAUCGACCGCGAACUCGCCAAGCUAUGGCAGGAAUCGCCGCCGUCGCUGUGUUGGAUCUGGAGGGGACACCACUCCUGCGACUGGCAACAGCGACCUCGCCAAGCCGCCAUCACCGUGCCGCGCGUGUGUCGGAGGGGAGACAACUCUUGCGCCUGGCAACCGCAGCCGAAGCCGCCAUCAACCCCUGCACGGCUGCGCCCUCGACGCGACCUCGCCAAGCCACGCCAACCGCCGUCGGACGACGUCGUCAUGCCGCUGCUGGAGGCGACGCCACUCCUACCGCUCUCGGACGUCGGACAUCGGAUGACCUCACCGCGGCAUGCAGCAGACCCUGACACGCCACCCUGCCACUUGACCUCCGUCGCCGCCUCCCCGGACCAAGCGACGCCUGCGAAGCCUCCGCCUCCCUUGCCAAGCCGCCGCUGCCUCCACCUCGGCCCUAGCGGCACCUACGAUCUAUGCGACCGCGACCGCGAAGCCGCAGGACGACCUCGUCAAGCUGCCGUUGUCGGACAGGACGCGGGCGCCCGCGACUGCGAAUGCGGAGCCACUAGACGAUCUCGCCAAGCCACUGCCGGACGCGACGCGACGCCUGCGACCCUUGCAUCUGUGACUGCGAAGCCGUCGGCCGACCUCGCCAAGCCUGUGCCAUCGCGACGCACCGACGCCGUUGCCGCCACGUCGCCGCACUUCUGCGGCGAAGAGAAGAACCUGGUUGAGGAUUGGCGCAAUGCGAGGUAGUCUCCGAGAUUGGAAAGCACCGCCAAAAGGACUCGAUAUUGAUCGUUAGCCUCAACUAUGCAUAGAAGGCUCUUUCAACCCACCUAGCUUUGAUAGUUUCAUCUUCUUUGUUGUCGUCUGGGAAAUUUCUCUAUCACGAUCUAGGAAAUAAAGCUUGUGUUGGUACUUAUUGGAGCCAGUGAACCUGUGAGUGUUGUGGACACAUGCUCAUCUAGGCAAGGAGAUUUGAGGAUACAUCCUAUGCCACGAGCUCAAGGUGAAGCAGUCGUGUGGCAUACAAUUCAGACAAUAAUAAUAUUAUCUUUGUUCAUUCAAUCCGCCAA